UAUCAGAUUCAUUUCUUUUCUUAUAUAAGACAGUUAAGCUUGCACUAGUUCUGCCUAGUACCUUACAGCAACACUACCUAACUCUCAUCCAUUCUUAUUCUUAUUUUCAUUCUACAUUUCAAUCUUGAAGUUAAUGGCACCUAAUUUAUUCCCUACUCGCGUAGCUCAAUCUUUUAACGAUCACGAAGCUUUGGACUUCAGAAGGCUAGUAAUGGAAGACAAAUGGGAAGAAGUAAUUGAAAUAUACAACGCUGAUAGUAAGUUUCACAAGAUAGAAAUAAAGGGAAGAGGAACAGCAUUGCACGUCGCAGUAAGCAAUGGAUGCAAAAAAGAAGUGAAAAGUCUUGUAAGAGCAAUAGAAAAGCUUGGAGAUGAAACUAGUUUGGGAAUGGUGAAUGAAAAAGGUGCAACUCCUCUUCACCUUGCAGCAUACAGAGGAUUCACGGAUCUGUGUGAAUGUAUUAUUGGAGAAUACGGUGAAAGGAAAUAUUUGAUUCAAAUUAAAAAUGCUAAUGGAGAAACGCCACUUUUUUGGGCUGUGCGUGCUCGUAAAAGAUUAGUGUUUGUUUAUCUACAACAGUUUUAUCCAUAUGAUAUCAAUGUUGCUAUCAAUAACAAUGAUACUAGCAUCCUUCAUGUUGCCAUACAGAGUGAAAUGUUUGAUUUGGCAACUAUAAUAAUGUAUUGCUACGAAGGUCUUAUCUAUAUGAAGGACAAUGAUGAUAUCAUUCCUCUCGAAAUUCUUGCUACUAGAACAUCAGCCUUUAAGAGUGGAACUAGGCUAUCAUGGUGGAAACAAAUUUUGUACUACUGUCUUUCUGUAAGCAACCAGGAUGCAAAAACUACCAUGGAGUUGUAUCGAAAGAAGGCUAUAUCUAUAAGAAGAUUACAGAAUGAAAAUGAUGAUUUUGGUGAAGUAUCAAUACCUUUAUACCAUGCUGAGGAAUUAGAAAAGGCAUACAAUGUACAACAUACUGCUGCUCCACUACAUUUUUUUAGUCGUGUUAAGAUUUUAUGUAACCGCAUUCAAAAGUAUGUAUUCAGAUGGCCAAUCCUAUCAUGCUUAAAUUCAACAAUGGCUAUUAAAAAGAAGCACAUAUAUGGUGGUCAGCUCUUGGAUGAAUUUAUGAAAAAUCCUUACGAGUCAUACAUUGGUGGUGGGUUUGAAUCAAUAAGUAACAUUGACGAUGAGUUUGAAAGUUUUUCAGAGUUUAUUAUUGCCGCACGGGAAGAAGGUGAAACUUCAACGCAAGAGAAAAAUGAAAACAAAAACUUUGAAGAUUCAACAAAUAUUGAUGGAAAGAACACAGCAUAUUUGAUUGCAGCAAGUCAUGGAAUAGUUGAGAUGAUGACAAUACUUGAAUCACGGAUAAGAAGUGUGAUCCAUGAUAUCAACUCUAACAAAGAAAAUGCAUUUCAUUUGGCUGUAAAGAACAGGCAACCACAUGUUAUUCAAUGGUUGAUGAAGAGUUUACGUAAAGAAGUUUUUCACCAACUAAAUCUAGAAGUUGAUAAAAAUGAGAAUACCAUAUUACACUUGGCAGCAUAUACAUCAAUCCAAAGAGAAAAUAAUUGGAGGAUAUCCGGUGUUGCCAUGCAACUUAUAUGGGACAUCAAGUGGUACAAGUACAUAAAAGGACUAGUACCAGAGCAUUUCAAUCAUAGACUCAACGUAGAAGGAAAAACUCCAAGUCAAAUCUUUAAGGAGCAACACAAAGAACUCCUUGAAAAGAGUAUUAAAUGGAUGAAUGAAACAGCACAGUCAAACUCGGUUGUAGCGACUCUCAUUGCCGGUGCGUCCUUUGCUACAUCAGCUAGUGCCCCUAGUGGAGAUCAAAAAACAAGUGAUCCAACAUCAGAAGGACAUCUAGCAGUUGAAGGAUUCACUAUAUCUUCAUUAAUUGGACUCUACUUCUCUGUUGGUGCACUCAUAAUGUUCCUUUCUAUACUCUCUUCUCGAAAAGAAAUCGAAGACUUUCGUCAAAAAUUGCCAAUGAAGCUUCUUUUCGCCUUGAGUUCUCUCUUCGUGUCUAUUGUUGCCAUGUUUGUUUCUUUCUGUGCAGGACAUUUCUCUGUGCUUAGUGAUAAAUAUAACAAGAGAGUUAUCGUGUUCUAUUUAUAUAUUUCCAUUUCCUUGCCUAUCAUAUUAUAUGCAGCUGUGCAGUUUUCGUUAUUUGUUGAUCUUGUUAUGGUUAUUUGGAAGAAGGUUCCACCACCAAGUGUUAAGGGUGUUCAUCUCUAGAGGUGUUUGCUUUGUUGUGAUUGCUAUGAGAAUUGAAACUAAGAAGCUUUGUUUGUACUUGAAUAAUGUCCUUUUUAAUGUUUUGAGUACUGGUGUGAAUGUAGUGUGAUUUGAAUCUUUUGUAUAACUAUAAGGUGUGAUAAGGAUGAUCUGAAUUUUCAAUUGCU